AUGCUCAUACAUUUGAGUAAAGCGGGUGUGGAUGUGUGCGCUUUCGCGCCAAACAUCCAGCAAGAUCAUGUCACAAAUCAUUCGACCGGAUCACAAGUUCCAGAAAAAAGAAAUGUCAUGGUAGAAUCCGCUCGUAUUAGUCGUGGAAAAAUCGCUCCCUUGUCGGAGCUUAAAUCGGAAGGAUUUGACGCUCUUUUCAUCCCAGGUGGCUUUGGAGCAGCUACUACACUAUCGAAUUUCGUUUCUGACGGCGCUUCUUGCGCGGUUCUUCCAGACGUUAAGAGGGUUUUGACAGAGUUCGUGCAUGCAAAGAAGCCGAUCGGGCUCUGCUGCAUUGCCCCAGUGUUGGCUGCUCGCUGCCUGCCUGGGGUACAUGUAACCACUGGCACAGACACCGGUACUGCUAUGGCUAUCAAAAAAAUGGGUGCCGUUCAUGAGAACCGCGAAAUCACCGAAGUGUGCAUCGAUGAAGAUCUCAAGGUCGUUACUGCCCCUGCCUAUAUGUGCGCCACGGCUACAAUUGCUGACGUAUUUGAAAACAUUGGCCUUCUUGUGAAGAAAGUGCUAUCACUCAUCAACUAA